AUGGUGGUGGUGCUUGUCGGGAAUAAAUCGGAUUUAACCAAGUCGAGGGAGGUGGAUAUGGAAGAUGGCAAGUGUUUGGCCCAGCUUGAAAGCCUCUCUUUUAUGGAGACUUCAACCAAGGAGAAUUUGAACGUGGAGGAGGCUUUUUUCCAGAUGAUCACAAGGAUUUUCGAAAUCACUCGUAAAAAAAGCUUAUUAGAAUCUAACAAGAUGAGCGAUCAUGAUCAAGCCACGUCAGCAAGUGCUGAUCAGACGGUACUGAAACUGGAGAAGAAGGAAAUUAUAUGUAUUGAUGAAUUAUCUGCUACUAAACAAAAUAGUCACUGUUGUUCCUAUUGA